CUCAUGCAUUUUGGAUCCUCAAAUAAAUCUGUUUUAGUGAUUUCAUUGUAUUUUGGUGACAUCAAUUGUUUCCACUUCUUUGGUUGAGAUUAGAUGAUUUUCUAUACUUAUAAUAAAAAAUGUCUUCAAUAAAUGUGGAAGUGCUGCAAAAUGGUAGUGUUAACAAUGGUGAUUCGAUCAUCAAUGGGGGGCACGAAUUGGAUGAGUAUGAUUUCUCUAGGCUUGUAGAUCGUCCGAGGCUUUUGAAUCUGGAGAGGCAGAGAUCAUGUGAUGAGAAGUCACUUAAUGAUUUUUCUGUGGGCUUCUCACCUCAUCCAUCUUCGAGAGCCGAUAACUUCAGUCGAGCUUUUGAUAAUCUCGAUAGCCUGUAUUCGCCUGGUUGCAAUACUCCCAUGUCGCAUUUUGGCUAUGGGAUGAUGGCCUCUGAUCCACACCCCAUGAUAGCCGAGGCGUGGGAUGAUUUGAGGAGAGCACUCGUUUACUUUCGCGGUCAGCCCGUGGGCACCAUUGCUGCUUUGGAUAGCUCUGAUGAAAAACUCAAUUAUGAUCAGGUGUUUGUGAGGGAUUUUGUUCCGAGCGCACUAGCUUUCUUAAUGAAUGGUGAGCCUGAAGUAGUCAAGAAUUUUCUUCUAAAGACCCUUCGCCUUCAAGGGUGGGAGAAGAAAAUUGACCGGUUCCAGUUGGGUGAAGGUGUUAUGCCGGCUAGCUUUAAAGUACUGCACGAUCCGGUCAGGAAUACAGAGACGUUGAUGGCAGAUUUUGGUGAGACUGCAAUAGGAAGGGUGGCUCCAGUUGAUUCCGGCUUUUGGUGGAUCAUACUUCUACGAGCGUACACUAAAUCCACUGGAGAUACGUCCUUGGCCGAUAAGCCCGAAUGCCAGAAGGGCAUACGCCUCAUACUGAGUUUAUGCCUCUCAGAAGGAUUCGACACCUUCCCCACUCUCCUCUGUGCUGAUGGAUGCUCGAUGAUUGAUCGUAGGAUGGGUGUUUAUGGUUACCCGAUUGAAAUACAAGCGCUGUUCUUCAUGGCUCUAAGAUGUGCGAUGAUCUUGCUGAAGCAUGACGGGCCAGGGAAGGAGCUUAUAGAGCGAAUAGUGAAGCGGCUGCAUGCCUUGAGCUACCACAUGAGGAACUACUUCUGGCUGGAUUUGAAGCAGCUCAAUGACAUAUAUAGGUACAAAACAGAGGAGUACUCCCACACAGCGGUGAACAAGUUCAACGUGAUGCCCGAUUCUCUGCCCGACUGGGUCAUGGAUUUCAUGCCGUUACAUGGAGGCUACUUCAUAGGGAAUAUAGGGCCUUCGCAUAUGGAUUUCCGCUGGUUCUGCUUGGGAAACUGCAUCGCGAUCCUUUCAUCCUUAGCAACACAAGAGCAGUCAUCUGCAAUCAUGGAUCUCAUUGAGUCGAGAUGGGAGGAGUUAGUGGGAGAUAUGCCCCUCAAAGUUUGCUACCCUGCUAUCGAGCAUCACGAAUGGCGGAUUGUGACCGGAUGCGAUCCUAAAAACACGAGAUGGAGCUACCACAAUGGUGGAUCAUGGCCAGUGCUGUUGUGGCUCGUCACUGCAGCGUGCAUCAAGACAGGGCGUCCUCAGAUCGCUAGGCGAGCCAUCGAGCUGGCUGAGACUAGGUUGUCGAAAGAUGGUUGGCCAGAGUACUACGACGGGAAGCAGGGGCGCUACAUUGGGAAGCAAGCGAGGAAGCACCAGACAUGGUCCGUGGCCGGGUAUUUGGUUGCCAAAAUGCUGCUUGAAGAUCCUUCACAUUUAGGUAUGAUCGCCAUCGAGGAAGAUAAGCAUCUCAAACCUGUGCUGAGACGAUCUUCGUCGUGGACUGCUUGAUCAAACAUGAAGUAGUUAAACCUACAAAUAUGUAAUAGGAGUAUUUGGUUGCUUUUAUGGUAAUUUCAUAUCUUCAUCUAUCUCAAACUUGCUAGAUUUUUUAUUGUUCAUCUCGAAUUUUUGUAUGUUAUUGUGUGAUGGUGAUCCUUGUCUCUUGA